ACGGUCGUGUGUGUACAAAAUAAAAUUAUAUGUGUUCACGUACUGUGCUUUUGUGAUGUACUGUGUAGUGGAUUGUUUUAAGUGGUGAAUAUACAGGCGCAUUCAUGAUUCAGGAAUCGCAGUCGAGUACUUCGGAACGAUGGAACGGGCGAGGGCCGGAACACAAUAUGGCUCUUCAGCAAAUACUAAAACUACAAGAGGCGAGAGCUCUUCACAAAACCUCUUUGCUUCCUAUCUAUAAGAAAAAUGGAAUGCCUUCCCCUCCAUCCAGUCAAGAUUAUGAACAGAUUAGAGACAAAAGUAUGGACCAUUCAGAUGCACGAGCAUUUGAACAGAUGAAGUUAGAAGAGGAGUUUAGAAAGCUAAUCGAAAGAAGUGGAAAAGAUGCACGCAACGAAGAAUCUAUGAAAUACUUCCAACACAUGUUAGAGAUGAAGCAGAAUUUGGACUACUUAAACAGUAUUCAGAAGGAGAAUAGAAGUAAUUCUUUAGAUAGUGCAACGAAUGUGAAAAAAGAAGCUAUGUCACCUGUCAACCGUUAUACCCCAGAACAUAAUCAGUCACCACAUAUGACGUCACCUACAGUUUCACCCAAUCCCACAGUAAGACAGCCAACGUAUCAAUCUACCUCAUCUAGCCCUGCUUCUACUUCCAGUCCCGUUACUUCCUCCCCACUAAACCAUUUGCAAAAUAUGCAACCGUUCGAUUUUCGUAAAUAUAAACACGAAGAACUCAGUUCUAAUCACAACGAGCGAACAUCCCACGGCAAAGAUAGCAACCGAAAUCAUAGUCAGGAUAUGUCAGAAAAAAGUGCGGUAGAUUUAAUGCGAAGCCAAUUCUUUAACUUCCAAUUGCCUCCAAAUUUGCCUAUUCCUAAUAUGUCAAUGCCGUCUACAUUCUCCCACCCGGCAGCUAUGGUGGCUGCUCUUAGUCAAAACCCAAUGGGAUUAGCAUCGUUACAAGCUCUGUUACCACAAAUGUCAAAGCCUGCAGAGCGAUUAGAAAACAAAACCAGUAUUAAUGUUACCAAAGAUAGAUCCGAUGAUGACAAUGUACUUAACUUAAGUAAAGACGCGUACACAGAAGCAGCUCAACAAACGAGAGACAUGAUGAUUGGCAAGUGUUUGAGUUCACCCAAAAGACAAUGGAACACUUCGCACAUGCCUUUAAACUUAGGCACUCACUUCAUAAACCCUACUACUGGCAAGAAAAGAGUACAAUGUAAUGUAUGUUUAAAGACGUUUUGCGAUAAAGGUGCGCUCAAAAUUCAUUUUUCUGCUGUCCACCUUAGAGAAAUGCACAAAUGCACAGUGGAAGGAUGCAGCAUGAUGUUCAGUUCGAGGAGAUCUAGAAAUAGGCACAGUGCUAACCCAAACCCAAAGUUACACUCGCCACAUUUAAGAAGGAAAAUCUCGCCUCACGAUGGAAGAAGUGCACAGUCGCAUCCAGUUUUAAUAUCGCCACAUGCAGCGGGAUUAAAUAUGCCACCAGUGAUGAAUCCUAUGCAUGCUUUUAGUUCAUAUCCUCUAUUAAAUUCAUCGCACAAUAUGCGACAGUUCCCUACAAAUAUGCCCAUGGAAUAUAAAAACAAUAUGGGAAUGAGUUUUCCAUCUGCAAUGGAACAUACACAUAUUUCUCGUCGUGAAUCCAGUUCAGUAGAAACAAAAGAUCACGAUGGUCAAGGAGAGUCGGACGAAGAUGAUGGAAUUGUUGUAGUCACAGGCGAUGAUGACGAUGAUGAAAAUGAUCACCAUAUGGAUCAAACGGACUACUAUUCCCGAACGAAUAAAACUAAUGGAUCAAUAGAAGAUUCAGAAACAGAAUACGACCACAGAAGUACGAGUGACAAUAAUGAAAGCUUCGAGUCUAAAAAGGAUGAAAAUAUCAGCCCAGAGAUAAUGAAACGGAAACGAAAGAAUUUGAAUCCUACGCGCUUGCAUAACAAUUAUGUGACAGAUGAACGAGUGAGUGAUAACCAUCAUGAUGACGAUCAUAACGAUGAAAAUGAAGCUCUUAAUUUGAAAAAAGCAAAAUUGGAUGACUCAGAAACUCCUAAGAGCAAUCCUCCUACGCACAAUGAUAACAAAAACCAAGAAGACAGUAAACCAGCCUCGCCUAAACUAGCCAAAAUUAAAGAAGAGCCUGCAGAUAAUACUUAUCCCGUUGAAGAUUUACGUAUCAAAGAGGAACCCGUCGAAAGACAAGACUUAAACAAACCCAACGAAACCUUUUCUCCUAGUCAGUUUUCUUCUGAAAACUCCUUAAAGAAAUUGGAAAGCUUAUCGAAAGGCAACUUUCCAAAUAUUCCAAAGAAGAAUGAUAUCAACGCUCCAACUGGUUCUUACAAUGUGUGCGUAAAUGACUUCACCGAUUUCUCAGACAGAUCACCUUCAUCAUCCGUUUCUAGCUACGAUUACAACUCAGAAGAUGUUCAGGGUCAUAUCUAUGGGCACUUCGACGAUGGUUUCUUCAUCACAACCACCGAUAUUCCUAUCGAUACGAAAAAUCCCUUGAAAUGCAAGGUGUGUGACAAACUAUUUCAAAAUAUAUUCAUCAUUAAGACUCACUACCAAAACGCUCACCUAAAAGUCAUGUACAAAUGCAGCAACGAGAGAUGUAAAGCUGCAUUCUCAACGCGUCGGAGUAGAGACCGACACAGCGCGAACUUAACAUUGCACAAGAAAAUAUUAUUAGCCGAAGAUUCGCGACCCGAAGACGAGUAUAGAAUAAUAGAAAAAACUCGAGAACAAAUUGAUCUAAUGUCGAAGUACAGUGAUGACGAGCGUCCCGUGCCCUACAUAGAAUCUACGAAAUACUAUCGAGCGAAAGACAUAACUAAACCUAAAAAUCCCUUAUCCCACCUGCCGAUUACCGCGUCCUAUCCACCUCUAUUACCCGAGUCUUAUUUAAAUAGUCGUGACAUGUUCAAUCAGCAUCCGUUUCUGUUCACACCAUUUGGCAUGCUCCCAAAUUUCGCUCCUCUCCCGUUCGGCUUCUUACCUCCGAAUCUUAAUGCGUUUGGGUGUCAGAAUCAAAAUUAUUCGCCGCCGCCGCUGCCAAAACUGAAUUACUGCGUCGAGGACGAAGCGCCGCGACCGAAUAGAGAUGGUUGCUAUCCAUGUCGGGGUUGCAGAGAGAGCUUCAAGGACUUGUCGGGCCUGAAGGCGCAUUGUGAAACGGCACAUGCGCAACUGUUGCAUCGUUGUUCCAUCAACGGCUGCAACGCGGCGUUCUUUUCUAGAACUAAGAGGAAUAUUCAUACGGAAUCUCAUUAUUCUCAAAGAAACGAUAAGAUGAUGACGUGACCGUUUAUGGUUUGACUAUUGAAAUCCAGUGCAUUUGUGAUCGUAAUUAGUUUUAGUAUAAAUAUGUAAAUAAUAUUAAAAUGUAAAUGAUACUUGUAAUACUUAUUAAUAGGUUUCUAAAUUGUAAUGUUUCGUAAUAAAUUAACUAGAUAAUGCUGUAAAUGAUUUGCAAUUUGACAAAAUAUACGUAAAUAUUAUCCAUAUAAAUUUCUAGACAUUCCAUAUUUGUGCAAUAAAUAUGUAUAUAUAGACGAUAUUGUAAAUGAUAAAAUUUCAUGUAAAAAUUCUUGUGAUUCGUUUUUCUAUUUAUGUAAAUGUUUUGGUGCUAAAUACGUUUUAUUCAGUAAAAUUCUAUCAAUAUUUGUAAGAAAUGUAAUUUGUAAAGCUUCGUGUGAAUUUCUUGUAUUAAUUGAUAAUAAUUAGAUAAGUACCAAAAAGUAUUAAUAAUGUGAGAUUAUAAUAAUUGUGUAUAACAGUAAACAUGAUCUGUUAAAUCAUUAUUUGCCAAACAGUGUGUAAUAAAUGGUUUCAAAAAUUUUCUUAAA